UCAUUCCCGCCCAAUUUCUGCAGGCUAUGUUUAUGUCAUUUUUUGAAGAUGAAGUAGCAGACUAGCAGUCAGUUUGUUGUUGUUUGUAUUCAUCGCUCUGCCUUUUUUAAAAGAUCGGCUUGAUAUAAGAUGACAAAGAAAGAGGUCCAGAAGUCUCCCAUUAUUUCUCGAGAAGAGGUUCCAAAACGCAAGGUUCUCAUCUGCAAAGAGAGUAUCUGCAAAAGUGAAAAAGCAGAGAUUGUAAAAUUAAGACAUCCACAACAUGGAAAUGAAGCUAUUUACUUAAUUGGUGAUGGUGGUCAAACAAUUCAAGAGAUCAUUAAACUGGAUGAUAAAAGGUCUUUAUUCAUUAAUAACUCGAUAUCAUCAAAUGGGAAUUUUUACAUUUCUACACCAAUAGAUCCACUUUUUAUUAUACUCCCUUAUUUCGAAAAGGAGAAACGUUGUUGCCCUUUAGAUCAACUUGUCUAUGAUGAGGAAUUUCCUAGUAUCGAACUCCUUUUGAAAAGUUCAGGGAUAAAAUUUAUCCAGCAAAUAGCUGACAAAAGAGGGGAUGAAACGUUAAAUACAUAUAUUUAUAACGAGGAGAAGACAUUGAAAUGGCUUAGUAAAAAAGUUGAUAGGAUUGUUUCUGCACUCAAAGGGCAAGGUUACCAAGUUUGUAGCAAUAUUACGUCAUCAGCAAAUUUUGUGAAGAGUGAAAAUGGAGAAGACGAAGAAAGUUACAUAAGAUACGCAUUUGGUAUGCUGUCAGAUUAUUUAUCCGAAAGUUUAUCGGGAAAGUUAGCAAAGUUUCUUAAAUUACCAGACGUCAGCCAAGUAAAAAAUUUAAACAAAAGGAAAGACGAGCCAGAAUCUGAGCUGGGGCCUAGGAAAAAACAAAAGCUGGAUGAAAACGAGAAACCUGCUACAGUUGCAAUAAAACCUGAAAAGAAGGUGAAAGUGGGGAAGAAAGUUCAGGAAUUGGCCAAUGCUGCUAAAGGUACGAAGUCAAUAUCAUCUUUUUUCAAAAAAUAAAAUUAAAAACAAGACAAAAUACAUUUUGUUAAAAUUUUAUUUGUAAACAUUAAUAUUGUUUAAUAUUGCUCUCAUGAUUAUAUGUAGUUUUUGUUUUAAUAUUUUUUUUAAUAAAUCAAAUCAUUCAUAUUAUUAUUAAAAACUGUCAUUUUACCAUAGAGUUUCAAAAUUUCCACAAGUUAUUUCAGAUGUCAAUAAUAAAUUGUUUACUUCACAA